AUGCGAGAAAUCCCUCCCGGUUUUCAUCAGAAAUCGUGUAAAGAGCAUCAAAACCAAUGCACCAUCAGCGACACUACACUAUAUACCUGGAGAUCAAACCCGGCAAGUGUUGGAAGUCGAGAUAUGCCAGUUGAGGACCUGUUAAGUUCAGAAUUAAGGUUCGCUGGUCCCGCUUUUCUUCGUGACUCUGAAGAAAAAUGGCCAGAAGACACUAGUCAUCUCACAACUACUGAUGACGACGAACAAGAAGAAGUUUCCUCUCAUCAGAAACUACGACUUCACACAUACUACUGUUUCAAGAAGAACGAUUCAACUCCUGGACGAGACUUCUCAACACUAUAG